AUGCCCGCAGAGUCUGCAAAGAGGUUCAAACCCAGCAAGUAUGUUCCCGUCUCAGCAGCCGCCAUCUUCUUAGUGGGAGCCACGACCCUCUUCUUUGCCUUUACCUGUCCGGGACUGAGCCUGUCCGUGUCGCCUGCAGUGCCCGUCUACAAUGCGGUGGUGUUUCUCUUUGUGCUGGCCAACUUCAGCAUGGCCACCUUCAUGGACCCAGGGAUCUUCCCUCGAGCUGAAGAGGAUGAAGACAAAGAAGACGACUUCCGGGCGCCCCUUUACAAAACCGUGGAGAUCAAGGGCAUCCAGGUGCGCAUGAAGUGGUGUGCCACCUGCCGCUUCUACCGGCCUCCCCGCUGCUCCCACUGCAGCGUCUGUGACAACUGUGUGGAGGAGUUCGACCACCACUGCCCCUGGGUGAACAACUGCAUCGGACGCCGGAACUACCGUUACUUCUUCCUCUUCCUGCUCUCCCUGACGGCCCACAUCACGGGUGUGUUUGGCUUCGGCCUCCUCUACGUCCUCUACCACCUGGAGGAGCUCUCCGGGGUCCGUACGGCUGUCACGAUGGCCGUGAUGUGUGUGGCUGGCUUGUUCUUCAUCCCGGUCGCUGGCCUCACGGGGUUCCACGUGGUGCUGGUGGCCAGGGGACGCACCACCAAUGAACAGGUUACGGGGAAGUUCCGGGGAGGUGUGAACCCCUUCACCAAUGGCUGCUGUAACAACGUCAGCCGUGUUCUCUGCAGCUCCCCAGCACCCAGGUAUUUGGGGAGACCAAAGAAAGAGAAGACAAUUGUCAUCAGACCACCCUUCCUUCGACCCGAAGUGUCAGAUGGCCAGAUAACCGUGAAGAUUAUGGACAAUGGCAUCCAGGGGGAGCUGAGGAGGACUAAGUCUAAAGGCAGCCUGGAGGUAACAGAAAGCCAGUCAGCAGAUGCGGAGCCGCCACCCCCGCCUAAGCCGGACCUGAGCCGUUACACAGGGCUACGGACACACCUCAGCCUGGCCACUAACGAGGAGAGCAGCCUGUUGGGGAAGGACAGUCCCCCCACGCCCACCAUGUACAAGUACCGGCCGGGCUACAGCAGCAGCAGCGCGUCAGCCGCCAUGCCGCAUUCGUCCAGCGCCAAGCUGAGUCGUGGGGACAGCCUGAAGGAGCCGACCUCCAUCGCAGAGAGCAGCCGCCAUCCCAGCUACCGCUCGGAGCCAAGUCUGGAGCCCGAGAGCUUCCGUUCGCCCACCUUCGGCAAAGGCUUCCCCUUUGACCCGCUGUCCAGCGGCUCGCGGUCCUCCAGCCUCAAGUCUGCCCAAGGCACGGGCUUCGAGCUGGGCCAGCUGCAGUCCAUCCGCUCCGAGGGCACAACCUCCACCUCCUAUAAGAGCCUGGCCAACCAGACACGAAACGGGAGCCUGUCCUAUGACAGCCUGCUCACGCCCUCCGACAGCCCCGAUUUCGAGUCUGUGCAGGCGGGCCCGGAGCCAGAGCCACCUCUGGGCUACACGUCUCCCUUCCUGUCGGCCCGGCUGGCCCAGCAGCGGGAGGCCGAGCGGCACCCCCGCCUGGCGCCCGGCGGCCCAGCACCCCGUGAGCCCUCGCCUGUCCGCUACGACAACCUGUCGCGCCACAUCGUGGCCUCCCUGCAGGAACGCGAGAAGCUGCUGCGCCAGUCGCCGCCACCGCCGCCCGGCCGCGAGGAGGAGCCUGGCCUGGGGGACUCGGGCGUCCAGUGCACGCCCGGUUCAGGCCACGCGCCCCGCACCAGCUCCUCCUCCGACGACUCCAAGCGCUCGCCCCUGGGCAAGGCGCCGCUGGCACGCCCAGCGGCCCCCCGGUUCGGCAAGCCGGAUGGGCUGAGGGGCCGGGGACUCGCAUCCCCUGAACCAGGCCCGCCCGCCCCCUACCUGGGCCGCUCCGUGUCUUACAGCAGCCAGAAAGCCCCCCCUGGUGUCACCGAGACUGAGGAAGUGGCCUUGCAGCCAUUACUGACGCCCAAAGAUGAAGUACAGCUCAAGACCGCCUACAGCAAAUCCAACGGACAGCCCAAGAGCAUAGGCUCAGCCGCCCCCGGCCCGGGCCAGCCACCUCUCAGCAGCCCCACGAGGGGCGGCGUCAAGAAGGUGUCGGGGGUGGGGGGCACCACCUACGAGAUCUCGGUGUGA